AUGGCAAUGUCACAGAUGCGAGCAGGAAUACAGGGUCUCCGUCACAAGCCGCUUAAUCCCCCUUACAAGUACCUCUCAGGCGAAAGCUCAGACGGCGGACCUUCGAGGCAGUAUCAAAAGUCUCCCCUCUCAGGCAAUGGCAAUAGCAGACCUACUACAGAGACUGAAAAGUCUCCCAGAAGCCGUAAAUACCCAAAACGUCCUUCCCUGGAGCUGUAUAACUACGACUACGAGUUCUGGGUUCAUUACAACGACUGGAAGCGCUCUCGCACAGAAUAUGAAGCUAGGCCUGAGACAUGGGAGAGCCGCAUCAAGCGCAGCUUCGAUGGCCUGGAUAGCGUACAGGGUCGAGCAAAGAGAUAUAAAUUCGAAGUCGAAUCGCGCACUUAUCUCACAGAGGAAAGAUUGGAGCGCAUGCUUGAAAGGAGGCAGAACUGCGAAAUAGACUGCAACUAUCCCAGUCAGUGCCACACAGAGCGCUAUGAAGCAUUGAUGAAGAGUUCUGAGAAGGCCACAGGAGGCACAUUCCACCCCACGAACUAUGAUGAGGAUGAUGAAAUGCCAGAUGUUGAUGAUGAGGAUGAGAUAUUCGCGGCGUACAAGAGGGACGUUGAUGCUUGGUAUGCUUCAACUCUGGCGAAGACGAGCUAA